AUGGCGGACAAGAAAGCCAAAAGGACCGCCGCAGAAAAGACGAAGAAUCAUAUGCGCCGGGUAUCGAUGAAGACCUUUGACCCUGUCUACGCUGAGCCGCCGCCAUACAGUUCCCAACCACCAUCCGUCCCCGCAUCGUCUUCUAAUGUCGACACGGCAGGAGCACCAACAACGAGCAUUCCCGCCAUCGAAGAUCUGGAUUUCACGUUCAGCCCGCUAGAAAUUCCAACUCCUGCUGAGUGCAUUGCGCACUUGAAGCUACUACACGCGUUCGCCAAACUGAGGCAUGACGUUGGCAACCAUGACGGCCUAUUCGGGAUCAGUACGGAGAAAACAGCGGAUAGCAAGCUACCACCACCGGACGAGAGCCAACAACAAGGAGGGUCUCACACCCAAGAUCCGGCGAGAGCAGCUGUCGAGGCGCAUGCCGCAGAACACACAGAAAACCAGGAUGCAGCCCAUGCGGAGCGUAUCCGGGACAAGAAAUGGACAAUAUUCGUUGCAAAAGCGGUUGAUAGGUAUGAAGCAUGGUGGAACGCAUUGCAUGCCUUUCAUCCGUUACGCUCAAGCAUCUGGUCGUCUAAUAUCACAACGCGUGCAUUUGAUUCGUCGGAAACAUACAGUUGGACAGUCUUAGUUGACAGAUUUCCGACCGAAGGUCUUGGUCUUGAACAAAGAAAAGAUUAUCCUCUGCCUCCAUUAGAUGUCUUCAUGGUCUGGCAUGCGCACAUGCUGAACCCUCGGAUCUACCUCGAAGAUUGUAUCCGGCACACUAGACAUGCACUGUGGCGCACACAUUUCCCCUGGCAGUCUAUCUACCAGUCGAUUGAUAACGAUACUUUUGAGUAUAGCCGGAAGGACACAUCCGAGUUCGAAAAAACCACAGGACAUCCCUGGGAUCCGCUGAUGGAUGAAGGACUGAAGAAGAUCACCUGUCCGCAGUGCACCGCUGUGGUUACAGUACCCUGGACCCGGCCUCCCAGCGUCUCUGGACGAGAAACUAUGGAAGGGUACCUCACCUCUGACACUGGCUUUGCUGGACAAGCUUUUGAAGAAGACUGCUCUGCAUGCGGGUUCACCUUCACGCACGAGCGGAUGCGCGUGGGCAAAUUUAUGAACGAUGCCUUUGACCUCCUCGAUAAACAGCGACCUCUUCCCGGGACAAUCUUGAACAUCUGGGGCUCGCCACAAUGCACGACAAAGGGCAAAAAUAUCGGGACCCACGACGCCUUCUUCCCUAACCGCGUCGUCCUGACAUGUCCUGAAUUCCGACCCGCCUUUCUUCGCAAUGACAUAAGGAUACUCAGUGUCGAUAGACUCAAAAAUAUGUUUCAGGAGCUGAUGAAGUCAGAAUACGACAUUCGCAAGGUAAAUGCGUCGCAGAAAGAUCCCGUGUUCGUUGCCAAGGGUAGCCGGAUAGCGGUCAGGAAGAUGCUGAGCCACUAUUGGGAUAACUCUAGUAUAUUUGGCAUUGAUCUAGCGGGCGCAGUCUUGCGACAAGGAACCUUUGUGCAGAAGAUGAGGAAGUUGGACUGGUUGCACAGUCCGAGCCUCAUGUCGACCGUGCAGCGCCUCAUUGUCAAGUACCAUCGAUUCGUACUCCUCGCAGCCGACUCGCCAAAGAAAACUGUUGUGCCAACCCUGGACGUCGAUUUAGCAUGGCACACGCACCAACUCACCCCACAAGUCUACUACCGCUACACUCUCGCCGAGACGAAAAAGUUUCUCAACCACGACGACAAGAUCCCCGAAGGCACCCUCCACACCGCCUUCCAAUACACCUCGCAAGCCUACGAGAAAAAAUACGGUCAACCCUACUCAGAAUGCUCCUGCUGGUACUGCGAAUGCACGCGCGAGCCGCUGCGCUCCAACUUCCUCAACAAAUUCAGUUCGCGCCGCGCCUCGCUCAGCGUCGACAAACUGGAGGAAAAGGGUUUCACAAAGGACCCGCAUGCCGGCCCGCACGUAAGCGCACACAACGCGCUCGUCCUCGACACGGAGAGAACAGCCGCGCAAAGGAGGAGGGAACUGGAGGAGUUGGACUUGCAGUAUGCUAAAGUUUGUAAGCGCUAUCAGAAGCAGAAGAAGUCUGAGCAGACGCCGUCUCGUAACAAUGACGCGUAUCUAUAUGGCGCGUAUGGGUAUCCUAUGUAUUACCCUAUGCCCAUGUAUGUUCCGUACUAUGCCGAUCCGAGCGUGGUGCAUAACAACGGGAAUGGUGGGGGCGGAUGUGGUGGAGGAGGAGGAUGUGUUGCGGCUACAUGUGCAGGGAGUACGAGUCUGGGUGCGUGUGCGGGCGGUGAUGGGACACCAGGAUGCAAAGCGAGUUGUGGUGGGCAUGGAGACGUGAGUGGUGGGUGUGGGACGUGUACAAGUGGUGAUGGAGGAGGCGACGGAGGGGGUGAUGGAGGAUGUGGUGGGUGUGGAGGGUGA